GACGCGCCGCGCGCCCUCGUCCGUCUGCUGCUGCUGCCUUCGCCGCCGGGAGAAGGAGACGCAGCCGCUGCCGCCGCCUCCGCUGGCUUUUGCUGCGCGUCCCCCCGAGCGAAGCUGCGCUGUUCCCGGCUCGCGAGCAGGAGGAGCGCCGCUGCCACCCCGGCGAGGGAUGGAUCGGGGCCCGAGGCCGCUCAGGUUGCAACGCUGAAGCCAUGAAGACCCUCAUCGCUGCCUACUCCGGCGUCUUGCGAGGCACGGGGUCCAGUAUCCUCUCCGCGUUUCAGGAUCUGUCCUGGCUGUCUAAGUCUAAAGUAGAGAAGCAACUGCAGAUCAUCUCAGUACUACAAUGGGUGCUGAGUUUCCUCAUCAUGGGUGUGGCCUGCACUGUUAUCCUCAUGUACAUCCUCUGUACGGACUGCUGGCUGAUUGCAGCCGCGUACCUGGCCUGGCUCGUGUUUGACUGGAACACUCCGAAGAAAGGUGGUAGAAGAUCGCAGUGGGUCAGAAACUGGGCUGUCUGGAGGUAUUUCCGGGACUACUUCCCCAUCCGACUCGUAAAAACCCACAACUUGGCGACGCACAGGAAUUACAUCUUCGGUUACCAUCCGCACGGCAUCAUGGGGCUGGGCGCCUUCUGCAACUUUAGCACAGAAGCCACAGGCGUGAGCCAGAAGUUCCCUGGGAUUCGGCCAUACCUCGCGACAUUAGCCGGGAAUUUCAGGAUGCCCAUUUUGAGGGACUACUUGAUGUCUGGGGGUAUUUGCCCUGUGAACCGGGACACCAUAGACUACAUCCUUUCCAAGAACGGGAGCGGCAACGCCAUUGUGAUUGUGGUGGGGGGCGCUGCCGAGUCCCUGAACUGCGCCCCCGGCAAAAACUCGGUGACCCUGAGGCACCGGAAGGGCUUUGUGAAGCUGGCGUUGCGCCACGGAGCGGAUUUGGUUCCUGUGUAUUCCUUUGGCGAGAACGAAGUCUACAAGCAGGUGAUCUUUGAGGAGGGAUCGUGGGGGCGCUGGGUUCAGAAGAAGUUCCAGAAGUACAUUGGCGUGGCCCCUUGCGUUUUCCACGGACAAGGACUUUUCUCCCCCAACAGCUGGGGGCUGCUGCCAUACCCCAAGCCCAUCACCACUGUCGUCGGGGAGCCCAUCACUGUCCCCAAAGUCGAUAACCCGAGCCAGAAGGAAGUAGACUUUUAUCACAGCCUCUACGUCAGCUCUCUGAUCAGACUCUUUGACAAGUACAAGACGAAAUUUGGCCUGCCGGAGACAGAGAUCUUGGAAGUCAACUGACCGCCACGGGGAGGGGACCGGGUGCUUUCGCUCCUGCGCACUUUUUCUGGCAGCGAGUCGUUUGGCAAACGCGGCCUCAAAAGACAAUUCUCUGCCGGAGCCCAAGUUGUUUUCUGUGUGUGUUCUGGUCUGCGAAUCGGGGAGGCGAGUGCGAAUGCACGCGUGAGCUUUUAAAAGGAUAAAAGGAAAAAAAAAAGUUGUCUAACUACCAAAACUUUAGACCUUGCUAGAAACCAUUGUAUUUUCUCUUUGGGACAGAUCCGCCCGGCUCCAGCAAUGGCCCUCGGUUUUUAAGUUCUCCCCGAGGGAAGACACUUGUUUUGCCUUUUGUUAGACUUGGACAUUGGACGCUGCCCCAAGUCGACUCAAGCUAUGGGCCCAUGUAGCUCAGCACCGACUUCUCUUUGCUGACAUGGCUCUGAAGGCAGAGAAUUCCUUAUUAGUUGGAGAUCCCCAGAGAUUUAAGUUAGGAGUUAGCAAGGCGUGUGUGCUCUGCUGCACAGCCUGGCUGCCUCCAAAGUUUCGCUGCUCGCAAAACCAAACGACAGGGUGGGUGCAAAGCACUUAUUUUUGGGUGGAUGGUUUCCCUGGCCCUGAAUGCUAACGCUGCCUCCUACUGGUGGCACUGCACAAUGCAGGAAAAGUGUCCCAGGGGAUUAGAAGAAUCAGAGGACUGUAGGGUUGGGACCACGAGAGUCAGGAAUCUUUUGCCCAAUGGGGGUUUCAAACCCGUGACCCUGAGGUUCAGAGACUCACGCGCUGCCAGCGGGGCUACGCAUCUAAUGUAGCAAGUGUGAACUGACCGCUGCCUCAUUGGCACGCUGAAACAACAUUGCUGCCUUCGGCGGCCAUGUGGGUUGUCUGUGGAGCUAGACCGGCCCUCUAGGCCAAGGACUCUGUGCCCCUGUUUAACCCCCACCCUGUGUGGGAUUUUGUGCAAGCCGAUGAUGGGUUUGUCCACACUGCUGUGUGUCCCAAGCCUUGAAAGCAAGUGGACCCAAGUCGUUUUCCAUUCGCCCCAGGGCUUUCCCCGGGAAAAGGCUUGUUUGCCUCUGAAUCAGGACCGACGGCAAUCUGUAGAAAUUGUUGACAUUGGCUCGGAUUCAGUGGUAAAUGGAGGGUUUCUCCUGGGGGGAAGCGGGAGCGCGAAGGGGCUCUGUGCAUUGCACAAUUUCUUCCUUCGUGCUGAUUUUUAACAGCAGAAGGGAAGAUGGACCAAAGUGGGUAGGAAGAAAGGGAGUUGAAAGCAAGAGUGUUUGGGGAAGCACGGGCCGUUUCUGGAUUCUGAAUCGCCCAUUGCAAGGUUUGCUAUUUCAGCUGGAGAAAGCUAGUCCUCGUUAUUCCAUAGAAAAGACGGACAUUGCACAGGCAGCUCCCUCUGAUUCCUGGUUCUGCAAACUCCAAAGCCCACAUUUGUUUGUUCUGCAAUCCAUACUCAUUUCUGUGUCCGCACUGGGUUUUUCUUCCCUUUGCCACUGGUGCUGUAGCAACUCCUAUUGCUACAUUACUGCUUUUUUCCCAACAUAUGUUUUGUAGCACAAGGGGGUAUCUGUUUGAGAAAGGCCCCUCCUGAAAGCACAAACAAUGCAAAUUCUUUUGUCCCAUUUCACUCCCACCUCCAUUUAUACCUUGUUGUGUAAAUGAGGCUGGGAAUCAACGACCUUCUCUGAAAAAGGACCUUGCUGGUCCCCACAAAUCUCUUUUCUUUGGCUCUUCUCAUGUCGGUUGUCUUUGUGGAGAUCUGGCCCUUUUUAAAGAUGGCACGCUCCUUUGUGUGACUCCCAAAGAAAUGCUGGAAAAGCCAGCGAUAUUUUCAAGCAAAACCAAGAACCGGCAAUUGGCAGGCGCAACUUUUGUGCUUGUAAAAAAGGGUAAGGGACCCCUGACAGUUAAGUCCAGUCACGAACGACUCUGGGGUUGCGGCGCUCAUCUCUCUUUACUGGCCGAGGGAGCCAGCGUUUGUCC